AUGGGCAAAUGGAGAAUCCUAAUGAUGAAAGUUAUCAAAGGGUUUGACUGCAGGUCCAAAGAGUGCAUCGAAUGGAAAUAUUAUCUAAAUAACAGGAACAAUCAAAUGACUUCCAAACCGGCUAGAGAGGGAAUAAACGCUCCGACAAUUUCGCCACGGAACACGGAAAAUCUUCUGAACAUUGAAGGAGUUACGGAAGGUGAAUCUAGCACCGAUCUCCCUAUUGAGACACUAAAGGAUCAAUUAGAGAAAGUUACUCACCAGUUGAAUGAAAACAUUGAAAAUCUGAAAAAAGAUGAACUAAGCAGUUCAGACGCAAGACUUACACAAUCUGCAAUAGAGAUUGGUAAGCAAGCCCAGAAAGAAUUACUGGUGAAGAUUCAACAAAAAGAGAACUCCACCUUAGAUAACAAAUCUGAAAAGAAGAUGUCAGACAAAGAAAAAGAGAAAGAAAUGAUGCUGAACCCAUCAAACCUUGAACCAGAACAAAACUCCUCAACAAAAACCAUGGAUAUUUUAACAAUACAAGGAAACGAAUUACAAAUCACGGAACAAACAAUAAUAGAAUACAAGAAACUGAUAACUACUAAAGGAGAACUGCUGAAAAACCAACUACCACCGGAAACUUCGCUGGAAAUUCAAGAAGAGAUUAACAAACUUUAUGGAGAUUUGGAACAAAAAGAAAAACUAAAAGAACAACAGGAAAAAAUAAUUACACAAACCAGAGACACUAUCCUGAAAGAAGAAAUUCAGGAGAUUGGAAUAAAAUUAGCACUUCUCUCGGAUUCAACUAAGAACAAAAAUAUGUCUGAAGGAAAUCGCCAAGAAAUUUUCGAAGAAAUUCAACGCUUGGAAACAACAAAAGAGGCACUUACUCAGAAGCUCUCAACAUUUAAUCCAAUAAUAGCAAAUCAAUUCAGGACCUCCACGCCUAUCAUUCAAGACUCUCCCAUGGACACAGAAGAGGACAGGAAUAGAAAGAGGAACGCAUCCAUUACAGAAAUGAACAGGAGUUUCAGUGAUACAGACCUGUCACAAACAGCAAAAAAGCUAAAAGACGGCUCUAUUACUAGCUUCUUAACCUUUGAACCACAGACAACGAAAAAGAACAAAAAUGAAGAAGGCUUUACGCAAGUCAUUAACAAGCGGAAAAAAUCUUAUCUAACUAAGAAUACUAUUAAUAACAAACAACCAAAGAUAGUCUCAAGUAAUUCAAACACAAAAUCUAGUAGAAACCCAGAACUAAAACCCCAACAAAAAGAAACUCAAACAAUCCCCCCUAAGAAACCAACUAAUGAUAGUAAAGAGACAACAGCACAGAGCAAUCAACAAACGCUUCCCUCAAAACCAUCUAAUGGCACAAAUAGAUCUGGACAACAACAAAUGAAGGAAACAAAGAAAAAAGAAGAUGAAAAUCUAAAUUCGUCAGACUCAAUCAAGAAGAUUUGGGAAAUUUUUAAAAAAGAACCAAUCGGUAAAAAACUCAAUAUCUCCAGCGAGGACUUUGAAACUAUAAUAAAUUAUUAUUUGAAACACCAAAAUAUAACCUCAGAUCUCACCAGAGAUAAAUCGGAACAGAAUACUGUCAUAGAAGAAAUUCGAAAGAUUAAUACCAGUAACCAAGAGAAAAUGGAGAAAUCUCUGAAACAAAUGGAAUCGAUGAUAACAAAAAACACCCAGAAACUGGAACAAAAAAUCGCAGAUAUAAACAAAUCAGUUCAUUAUAUUGAGAAAACUCAAAAAACGGAAGAAAAU